AAUUACAAAAAACAUGUCCGCCUGAUAUUAGAAAGAGGGAAAAAAAUGUUCCAUACAAAAAAGCGGUCAUUCUUAAAUGAAAAAAUGCAGUGAUUUACCCGAAACCUAACCUCACUCCCGCGCAGUAAUGCAGGCUUUGCAAGAUUUCGUAUGUUCAGAAUGUAAAACCGAAUUUCAUGCAGCCGCCGCGUUGCUCCAACAUUUCGCUUUGCACGCCUCCAACUGCCUUAUCAAUUCAAUGGACAAAGGAAAGCCAACGACCUUAAAAAAACUCCCAGAUCUCUACCCCAUCCACUUUAAGAAGAAACCCGAUUCGGACGUCGAAAGCGACUCAGGAAUUGAAGACGUCAACCCAAUUAAAUUCUGCUUGGUCACAAUGGUCGAAGAGGCAGAGCCUGAGAAAAUCAGGAAGUACCAGUGCAAAUACUGCUCGAAAAAAUUCGGGUGGCCAACUGACUUAAAACGCCAUAUCUUGAUACAUACGGGCGAAAGGCCCUUCAAAUGCCAAUGUUGUGAUUCCACGUUUACCAGAAAUUUUCUACUUAAAAAGCACCAAAGAAAGUGUCAUGGGCCAGGUGAUAUUCCCGACUUGAAGCCGAUCAAGUCCAGGAAGCAGGAGAAGAGUAAGAUUAAGAGAGUUAUGGCGGAGGAUAUGUAACAAGUAUUCACUUCGUUCUUUAUUUAAGACUUAAGAUUUGCUCCAACUUUUUGUUAUACCAAAGAUAUCUUCUUAUGAUUAUUGUGAUUUUUAUGCUUGUAUUUUAGUGUGUACCAAUAUCGUGUGCCUAAUCCUAGUCAAACAGGGCCAAAAUAGUACUUAAUAGAUAUAUAAAUAUUUAUAAUGACGUCGAAUAUUGUACAAUUUUUUCAUAUUUUUAUCAAAUAAAGUGCCUCACAAAAA